AUGAACGCUAACUCUGACAAGCCACUUGAAGCCAACCAAGAAAUAAGCGAGGCAAAGCGAAAGAAGAUUCCUAAUAGCUUUUUGGCAUGCAUGUCCAUUAUAUCUUCGCUUUUUGUAUACUCUAUAUCCGAAGAAAAUGAAAUCAAAUCCAGCUUGGCUCUCAGAUUCAUUGUAACGUCCUCCACUUUUUCAUAUGUGAUAUUCUCCUUCUCGUCUUGUUUGCAUGCCAACUUGAUGCUGUGGAAAUCCGAUAUCAAAGAAUCGUCUGUAACACAGAAGAUACUCUACUUUCUGGUCAACAUCAUUUCUGUUGUACUCAUUGUGGCCUCGCUUCUCUCAAUUGUCGGAAUUCCAAUCAACAGCUGGACCUACACCAAAGGCCCCCUCACGGCUCUUUUUCCAUCUCUUGUAUUAUUUGAUUACUUGGCAUCGUCCUUGCUUAACUCCGCUCUAGGAGCAGUUUCACUUACUGAUAGCAACAACCAUCUUGACCUAGUACUGCUGCUACUUUCUUCUUUUCUCAUAACAUCACGUGAAUGGGAUAAUGAUUUUGAGUGCUCACUAUAUUUGUCCAUCGCUUCCUCCAUUAUCCUUCUUAUAAUGUCGCUUGAAGACGAAGAUGCCCUUCCAUCUACAGAGGAGCCUUCAUUCGUUGCAAGAACGAAGGUGGUCAUUUUUACUAUCGUUCUUCUCCUCGUGGCUAUCAUCCAUGUAUUCCUGGGAUGUAUAUCUAUCGGAAUCAUUGUAGAUGCCAUCAAAAAAGGCCUUUUCUCGAUGCAUAACACAAACAAAAGGUAUUAG